AUGGGAGGAGCAUCCUCAAAGCCAGUCCGUCACUUCCCAAAGACCCCGAAGCCGCCACCGACAUGGGCUGGCGUACGGACACCGCGUCCGGACGAGCCGAGCGCGUCGGCGGGCCCCAGCAGGCCUGCGCCUCUACGCGCGAGCGAAACGAAGAACGAAUCUAUCGAGCGAGAUGCGAAAGACCCACAGUUCAUGGCGAUGCUGAGCAAGCUGGGGCCGGUCAAGGUCGACCACCAUAUGCAGACCGUCCGCCCCGGCGCAGAUCAGGUCCAACGCGUCUUUCAGGCUCGCCAGCGGUCGGAAGAGGAUGCGCGCUCGCUUACGCCCACACGGAACCGCAUGCUCGCGGGCACGCUCUAUGAGCUCUUGGAGGAGCGCAAGUCCGCUUCGACCCGGGAGGAGCUAGAAAAGCUCGCUAGCCGAUACGAGAUCGACGUGGACAAGCUGGAGAGCGUGGCGCGGUUCGUGAACAGUCCGAGCGUAGAUGAGGGUUCGGUGCGGAAGGAGGUGGACAGGGAUGGCGUGGAACAGGUCAAGAUGAAGGUGCGC